AUGGAGGGUGCUAGCUCCUCUUUUAACUUUAACUUUGCGGAAAGAGACGUUCAAUUAUUAAAUGAAUCAAAAUUCCGUAACUCUGAAGAAAAUGAAGACUUCUCUAACAAUGAUUCUGACAAUGAUUCUGACGCAAGCUGGGAAUCUUUUGAUAAACAAGCAUUUAAUGAGUUACCUGAACUAGAACAAUUUGUAUUUAACCAAGAGGAAUAUAUUAAAGCACAAACAGAGCUUGAACAAGAAAUUAUAGUUAGUGGCGAAAAUGAUGAUUAUUAUCAAGAUGAUAUUGAGAAAACUUUAUUUUCAUCACUACCACCACCAUCAUCAUCACCCCCUCCUCCAUUAAUUUCAACAGAAAUUCCACCUCCACCAAUACCAACAGAAAUUCCACCUCCAUCAACAUCAACAGAAACUCCACCUCCAACACCUAUUGAGAAACGAAAAUCAGAGUGGGAUGAUGUUAAAUGGAAGGAAGUUGGUGUCAAAUUAGCGCAAAAAGUUUGGAAUUCUCGAAAGGCAUUAUCAGCAAGAAAAUCGAAAAUACAACUGCCAAGCUUCCUUUCAAAUUAUUACGCAACUUUUCUGACAUUUUUAACUAGCUUUUUUGAUGGACUAUUAAGUGAAAUUUUUAAAAGAAAAUUA